AUGGAUAAAAAAGUAAAUAUACCAUAUAAAACUUAUGAUAUAAAGAAAUUUGGUUUUGAAUUACCUAAAGAAUUUCAGCCAAAUGUAAAAUAUGGUUUUUUUAGAAAUUUAUUUGGAGAUUACUCUUCCUAUUAUCUUAAAAGUUUUUUAAGAGUAUCAUCAAAAGUAUUUGCAGGAUUUUUACUUUUUUAUUACCCACUGGAUAAAGUUCAUUGCAACAUUCGUAGAUUUAAAAGAAAUUUGAAAAAGUAG